AGUUGCGUAUUCGGGAUGCAAGAGGGUGGUGAAUAAACAGAUCAUGGGCAGAUAAACCAAACAUCUCGGUUGAAGUUUCAACGCUGCUGAGUAAUAACUGUGCCAUUGCAAUAGUUCUGUUGAAAAGAUCGACUGCAUAAAAGCGGAGGCACUCAUAAUGGAGUUCGGCGAAGACAUGUACUCCAAGAUCAAAACGAAUCUCUCACGGGUGCAGAUAUACGAGAGGCGUGACCUGCAAGAGAAAGCGUUGGCUUGCAUACCCGUUUCUGAGCUUACACGCAAGGCGCAACUCACUAUGAUUAACUAUGCAUCCAGCGCUACCCCUGCCAAAGAGAAGCGGGAUCCCGGUUUUAGAGACUUCUUGUUAAUGGAACUGCUGCACUGGUUUAAGGAGUCUUUCUUUUCCUGGGUGGAUACACUUAAAUGCAGCCAUUGCAGUGGCACCACAACAAACAUUGGCGCUGGAGAGCCCACUGCCGACGAAAUUGCCGGAGGGGCGUCGCGUGUUGAACUGCACGGCUGUUCCAAAUGUGGGACCCACGAACGGUUUCCUCGGUUUAACCACCCUGCCAAGCUGAUUGAAACGCGGAGAGGGCGCUGUGGAGAAUGGGCCAAUUGCUUUACGUUCUUUGCCCGGUCGAUGGCCUUCGACGCUCGGUAUGUGCUCGACUGGACUGAUCACGUUUGGACUGAAGUCUACUCGGACAGUCAGCAGCGUUGGCUGCACUGCGACCCGUGCGAAGCUCUCUGUGACGCGCCCCUUGUUUAUGAGGCUGGUUGGGGAAAGAAGCUCUCCUACAUUCUUGCCUUUUCGAAGGACGAAGUGCAGGACGUCACUUGGCGCUACACCUCGAACUUCGAAGCUGUUCGCGCAAGGCGUACAGCUUACUCGGAAACGGAGCUUAUUCAGCUGAUGCUUUCACUCACCCGGCAAUGCCAGGAGUCGUAUACUCAGAAACGCAAGGAAGAAUUGCUGCUGAGAAGAGUGUUGGAGCUAGCAGAGUUCCUGACGCCGAGGAAAGCAACCGAGAGUGAAUUGCAAGGAAGGUUGUCGGGGGCCUUGGCGUGGCGGCAGCAGAGAGGCGAGCUCGGAAACUGGGUGCCCUUUGCAUACAAGCCAAUUAACGCCAAGUGCAGAAACAUAGUUUUCAAGUACUCAUCAGCGAUGGACAAAUACUCUAUCUGCGAGGAUGGCAAGGAAACAAGCCAGAUUUCGGGCUGGGCAAAAGGGGCCUUCACCAUUGAGAAAAUGUUCCGGAAGGUAGAACAAGACUGGAAGAUGAGCUACUUGGCAAGACAGGAGGGUACUCCCGAGGGUUCACUAUCUUGGAGGCUUGAGCUCCUUCCUGGAAGGACAGUGGAAAAGCUGGACUUGACAUUCGCGGGAACCACGUAUGAGAAUGGAUCAGUCAACUGGUCUGUGUCGACGGACGAGGAAAACAUUCCUAUUGAGGGCUCCGAUGGUGCACAUUCGAUAACAUUGCAGAAAAAGGCAAAGUUUGUGUGCUUGAAGGCAGUGGUUAGUGGUGGCCGAGGAACCACUGCCUGGCAACAUGCACAGCUGUGCAGGGAAUCAUUGGACAACCAGCAAUACAGUUUAGAGAUGGCUGUGACGCUUUCAGACUGAAAGAGACGGAACUAUACACCAAGUGUCUUCAGUUUACACAGUACGAAUAACUUUUCACAAGUUAAGAAACGCUCAAAUCAGAAGUUGAAUUGCUUUUAAAGAACUGAGUGGAAAUCCUUUUGUUGUACUUAUAAUGCUAAGAAUUUGAAUGCACUUGCAUCUGCAUUGAGUGAGGUCAUUAAACAUGCAUUUUUUAUAGCACUACAGAAAUAUCAUACCACUCUUAAAAGUUAUUAAUUCUGAUAGGUUGCUUCACUCUUUUGGCAGCUGCUAAAAUCAGUGCCACAUUAUAAAGAAAAGUGCUACUCAGAUUAUGUAAAUUCAUGCAUCAUCUCACUGGUUUCAUGCAAAAUCAUCAGACAAGUUGCAUUGUGCUUGAUUGUCACAGACCUGGAGCUACAUUAGCAAGUCAUUACGCAAAAAAUGUGUAAUAGCUUUUGCUCAAGCGUGAAAAAAAAUGUCCUUUACACCGUUACUAUAGCGUAGUCACGCUAAACCUUUUCCUUGCUUCCUAGCAUGCCUCAAUAUUAGAUUGUGGUUUUGGCACAUAAAACCUCAAAAUAAACUUCUUUCCUUACUUCUCUGUAGGAUAUAAAUAAAUUGUGAUCAUGGAUUUCUAACAUGUUGGCACACUUUGUUUAAAGCAUCUCACAGCUCGAGUUAUAUUCUAGUGCAUUCUGUCUAUGUUUGGGCUUGUCACCUAUUAUAACCAAGGCACUCAAUAUUUAAACCUUUGUGAUACGAGAAUCCAAUAGAAUAUCAUGGUGAGAACUGUUCGAGUUCGAGAUUGAGAAAAGUUGGUGCCAAUAUUGGUAAAAGCCAUUAGCGAUUCAUAAAGAUGAAGGAAUCGCGCAGUGCACCUCUUGGGUUGUGGCAGAAUGUUUCUCAUGUAACCUUAAGCAAGGUUUUCGUUGCCAUAUUUUACAGAAAAAUUUUGUUGCCAUUAUGCUGUGGUAGUAGUGUCAGGGUAAGCAUUGUUACUUUUGUAGCUUUUUUUUCCUACAUAUUUGUUCCUAUUUGUGUGCAAUGACGUGCAUGCAGUAUGCAAUGGUAUGCUGGCAAUAAAUGGGGGCCUCGAAUGCAAGAAUAAAUCUCUUUGAAA